AUGAGAUCUAAAGUUUUUCUAUCAUCUCAUCAGAGUUCAACUUUAUUCACAGAAGAGCAUUUACCAUCUUCUUCCUGGCAGACCUUCUCUAAGACACAACAGGAUAAAAGUUCUUAUCCGAGAGAAAUUCACCGACAAUCGGUUACAAAAAGUUCUGGUGUUACACACCAAAGUAAUUUUUUGUCUUCUAAUAGCUCGGUUGUGUCAGGAAAAUAUGUUACUGCAUCAUCACUGCCCGCGAUUGUCCGCUCCAAGAUCCCACGUAAUAUAAGCUCUUUCUCCACUCCACUCUACAAGGAACCAAGAGCACCUAGUUCAGUAACUGCAGGUAAAAGUCGUCUGUUCUCUACACAAAGUUCCUUCACGCCACUGUACCUCCACUCAUUCCAUGGCUUAAUCACGUCAAACAAGCUCGGUGUUGCGUCCGCUGGACAAAUCCCAAAUAGCUUUUUUAAGACUCAACACCACACACCCUCCAUUAUCACCAGUGGCCUCCACGGACGGCUACCGGCUUCUACGUCCAAGAUUGGACAUCAGCCUCGAACUAUCUCUACUGAGAGCUCAACGUCAUCCCUAGAUAAGCACGCAUAUAGCCGCUACCAGACACCACACACGGAGUCGUUGGUUUUAACUCUUACCUAUCAACCGAUGCCUUCUACAUUAGAAAGCGCACAUCAAGUAAACUUUUCAUCUCCCCAUACCUCACUUGCAUCAACAGUCUCGCCUUCCUCUCAACCAAAGAUCAGCUCCCAUGUUCUUCAGAGGAGAAGCUCCGCCGAAUUAAAUUUGCCAUUUACCAGACCAAUCCUAAAAACUAUUACAACAAGCGUUGUUUAUAAAGAAAAUAUGAAGGGGUCUUCACUGGACAGUAGUGGUACUUCGCCAAUCCAGGAGAUCACAUCUGCAGUGAACGUAAGCACAUAAUAUGGUACUUAACAAAUAGAGUGUACAUAAGUGAUAUAAUAGCCUGCGAGCAAGCUCUCCGGGGGAUACGGUGGUGGGGUGGGGUGGGGUGGGGUGGGGGGUAGGAAGAGGGGAAGCCCCACCACCAGAGCGCCCCGAAAAGCUUGAUUGCAACGCAGGCUAGUGUUAUAAAUUAACGCCUUUUGGAGACUUGUACAACAGCAAAUUGUAUGCUGUCAUACAUCGCUUGAACUUAUAUCGCGUGGUAAAAGUGAUUGGCAGCAGUUAAUUAUUUUUAAAAUGUUUUGCAGUCUUGCUUCUCUUUUAACCUCGACUGUAAGUUGGAGGCUGGAAAGUAGGCAAAGAUGUUUUUCGUAAGAUUUUUGAUAAAUGCAUUCAUCCCACUUGGCGUAACCAAAGGAAAUCUCCAACUGAAGGAAAUAUCGGGAUGACCGUGAUUUAUUUAAGGGUUACUUAAGCAAACGUUACAUUCAAACUUGCAUGAAACAGUCACCCUUGUGAAAUGGCCGUGUGACCGUUUAAUACAUGUCACGUUACCGUUAAAUACAGGCUUGACCAGCCUACGCGUGAACUUAGGAAAGAACAUUCAUAUGAUUACGGAGAGAAGUACGAUCGCAAACCUAAUAAUCCUCAAAUGGUUUCCUAUUUGACUCUCUGUACACGCGUGAACUGAGGAAAGAACAUGGUUACGGAGAGAAGUACGAUUGCAAACCAAAUAAUCUUCAAAUGGUUUCCUAUUUGACUCUCCGUGCAAAUAAAGGACAGUACAGACAAUUAGGAUUGGAGCCAUAUGAAUAAAGACAAUAAUAAAUGGCAGCAGAUGUUUUAAACGAUAACUAAGUUUUUUAGUUGAUAAUAUCGGGAUAAGGUCAAAUCAGUAAAAGCGGUCACCUUUUUUAUUGCGGAGCCGCUUGCUAAAUAAGGUCUUCUUUUACCGUACAAAAAGUGGAAAUACAGUGAAACCUCUAUUAAGCGGACCCCCAAUUAAGCGGACACCCUCUAUUAAGCGGAUACUAAGCCCGGUCCCGAAGGAACAUCUUAUAUUUCCCUUUAUAACGAACCCCUGUUCAGCGGACACCUCUAUUAAGCGGACGCGGACACUAAAAUAAGUUGUAUUUGGCUAAUUUCUAUUGUUAAAAACCACUAUUAAGUGGAUACCUGAGUAAAUUGACAAUAGUAGUAUUGGAUUACGUCCUUGAAAUACGUACUGAAGUCAGUUAAUAUUUUUGCAUUUACAGACAAAUUAAAGUAGGUAAUAGCCGGUAAUGAAAGGUAAUGAACUUGACCUCUGGAUGGCUUCUUUAACAACAUGCAGCUUUAUCACAGUACAGAGCAACCGUUGAAUGUUGAUCGUUAACAAACAUUGCGCAAUUUUUACAACCUCUAUUAAGCGGACACCCUCUAUUAAGCGGACACUGUGGAAGGUCCCGAAGGUGUCCGCUUAAUAGAGGUUUCACUGUAAUACUUUUGCGAAUCGGCGCCGAGAUCUUUGUUCUGAGACCCCAAUGGACUCAACAAAUUACCGGAAAUACGUCUCGAAUUUCCUGUCAACCAGAUUAGCAAAUCGACAAUGAUACACAGCUGGGGGCGCCAAGGAUGUUUCACUUUCUAGUUCCGUCUGAGGCGCAGGCUACAACCUCAGCUCUAACCCCAAGACCCACAUACAAAUUCUCCAGACUUACCUCCAUACAUUUUUUUUUUAAGAAUAGUUAAGAGAAUUUGGCUUAAGAUCAAAGCGUGCUCCCUUCGGUAAGCAAUUUGAUAAUUCUCAUACAACCGUUACUCUUGAUGAUCUGAUGCUGUUGGGAGAAAAAUAAAGGGUUAAUGAAGUUUCGCAACUUGCUUCCAUAGGUCCCCCAGAUACCAGCACCAAGCAUACAGCUUGGCACCACAGUACCCCCAAAGGAUAACAUGUCCACGUCUUCACCUGCAGAUGUCGCGGGUCAUCCAUCCACGGAACAACCAACCACGUCAAUAGCUGAGGUGAGCAAUGUCAAGCUCCUUGUUAUUGUUGCAACAGUGCCAAGCAUCGUCCUGUGCAUCUUCUUCGUUGCUGUAAUGUUCUUUCGACGAAACCGCAGACGCAAGAACAAUUUCAAGUACUCCAUCAAGUUGGAAUACAUGGACAGUCUUCGUUCUAGGUGCGCGAACAGUCGCUUAGAUCUGAGCUUGAAGGAAAUCCACAUCGAUCUAGAGAUGCCGAAUUUAUCGAACGACAGACGGGACAGUAUCGAUUGCUCACGCGGGACGAGUUUGACUGGCACGCAGAUAAGGGAAUUACAGAUUCUAUCCCAAGAAUGUAAGGAGAAUCUAGAGUGGAUCAGUGAGGUGAUUGCUCGCGAUAUGGGGACAUCAAUGUGUCCCCGGCAACCCGUUAAUCGUGAUAGUGUUUACUCAGUUAAAGAAAAAGGAAGUUACGAACCGAGCGCAAAAAUUAUCAGGAGGGAGUCUUCAAAGCGAGGCAGAGAGACGAUUAAGUGGAGAGUGCCGAUAAAGCGUCGUCGUGAUUCAGGAGAAUUUGAUCAAAAUGAUUCCGUUUGUACAGAGGAUACAACAUUGACUUCAGAAUGGAAAGAUGAACGAGAAGUUGAUGGAGAAAGGAGUAAAGGUGUCGACAAAUCCUGCAAAAUUAAACGAACUCCAAGCCAUUUAAGCGAGGAUCGUCGAGUUCCAGUGCCUAGUAAAAAACUCCCCGAGCUUCAAGAACAAGAGAAAGACAGGAAAGAAACGGAACUUGAUGACAAUAGACCAGGCAUUGAUUUCAAUCCUAAAAAAGAAGAAAAACCUCAUGCAAAGCGUUCAGGGAAGAGAUUUGAAACUUUAUGAAACAGCUCUAACUUCAACCCUGGUCAAAACUCUUGGGAAACUAACGCAAUAGCUCGUCAAAAUGACACAUUUUCCCUACACCCUCCCCCCGUGCAGUGUUGACGUUAUGCAUUCAGGAUGUUUUGACCAGGGUUGUAGAUUUCUUUUUGGUCUGACUGUGCGCUCAGCUUUAGCUCUUUAUAUUACCCCGCGGACACCGCCCUUGCACUUAUUGCCUAGUGAAAAGAAAGAAGUCGGUGCACGUGUCGUAAGUCGAGCUAUAAGCUCGAUGACAUCACAGUAGAAAAAAUAACUUCCACUGUCAAUCAAACUUAAAUUGCCCCGAAAGUUCUGGAAAUUUUCCACCAUUUUAAUUUUUUCUGCAACUUCGUGACUGUGCGGUCGUUGCAUUGUUGUUGCAUACAAAGUUGACGCGACCGAAUGAAGUCAUAAUUUCCUUUUUCAAAAUGGUGGCCAGUGGAAAUUAUACAGUAAAUAUUAUCGACAUCCAAACUCUUUUAGUCUCCCUCACAGCCGUCUUUUGACAUGUCACACAACGUUCCUCCAAAAGGGAACGUUGCGUGACAUC